CCGGCUGCCCCCCGCCCAGCGACCGGCGCGCCCCGCUCCCAAUCCCCGCCGCCGCCUCCCGCGCUCUCCCCAGUCAUGUCCCACCCGGAGCGAUGGGGAAGCUCGAGGACAACGAGAGGGUGAUCCUCAACGUGGGGGGCACGCGGCACGAGACCUACCGCAGCACCCUGAAGACCCUGCCGGGGACCCGCCUGGCUCUGCUCGCCUGCGAGUCCCAGAGCGAGUCCCCGGGCGGCGAGGAGCCGCCGCCGCCCCCCAACCCGCCGCCGCCUCCGGCGGGCGGCUGCCCCGAGCCCGGCAGCGGCUGCAGCCCCCGGGGCAGCGGCGGCGCCAGCGAGUUUUUCUUCGACCGGCACCCAGGGGUCUUCGCCUAUGUACUCAACUACUACCGCACCGGCAAGCUGCACUGCCCCGCCGACGUCUGCGGGCCGCUCUUCGAGGAGGAGCUGGCCUUCUGGGGCAUCGACGAGACCGACGUGGAGCCCUGCUGCUGGAUGACCUACCGCCAGCACCGCGACGCCGAGGAGGCCCUCGACAUCUUCGAGGCACCCGACCUGCUGACGGGCGAGCCGCCCCCCGACGGCGACGACGACGACCUGGCCGCCAAGAGACUGGGCAUCGAGGACGUGGGGGCGGCCGCCGAGGGCAAGGGCGGGCGCUGGCGGCGGCUGCAGCCCCGUGUCUGGGCGCUCUUCGAGGACCCUUACUCCUCCCGCGCCGCCAGGUUCAUCGCUUUUGCCUCUUUAUUCUUCAUCUUAGUUUCAAUCACAACCUUCUGCCUGGAAACACACGAGGCUUUCAAUACUAUUAUAAACAAAACUGAGCAAGUCAUCAAUGGGACAGAAGCUGUGCUACAAUAUGAGAUUGAGACAGAUCCUGCACUGACAUACGUGGAAGGAGUCUGCGUGGUAUGGUUUACAUUUGAAUUUUUAGUACGUGUUAUUUUUUCUCCCAACAAACUUGAAUUCAUCAAAAACCUCUUGAAUAUCAUUGACUUUGUGGCCAUCCUGCCCUUUUACCUAGAAGUGGGCCUGAGCGGGCUCUCCUCCAAAGCUGCGAAGGACGUGCUUGGUUUCCUCAGGGUGGUAAGGUUCGUCAGGAUCCUCCGGAUUUUCAAGCUCACCCGGCACUUUGUGGGGCUCAGGGUGCUGGGUCACACUCUGCGAGCCAGCACCAAUGAAUUUCUGCUGCUGAUAAUAUUCCUGGCACUCGGCGUUUUGAUAUUUGCCACUAUGAUCUACUACGCAGAGCGGGUGGGAGCCCAGCCUAAUGACCCGUCCGCGAGUGAACACACACAGUUCAAAAAUAUCCCUAUCGGCUUCUGGUGGGCUGUAGUCACCAUGACCACCCUGGGAUAUGGGGAUAUGUAUCCACGGACUUGGUCAGGCAUGCUGGUGGGAGCCCUGUGUGCACUGGCAGGAGUGCUCACCAUAGCCAUGCCUGUGCCUGUGAUAGUUAACAAUUUUGGGAUGUACUACUCCCUGGCCAUGGCAAAGCAGAAACUGCCAAGGAAGCGAAAGAAGCACAUCCCUCCUGCUCCUCAAGCCAGCUCACCCUCCUUCUGCAAGACAGACUUGAACAUGGCCUGCAAUAGCACACAGGGUGACAUCUGCCUGGGCAAGGACAACCAGCUGAUGGAACACAACAGAUCAUCAGUGUUAUCAGGUGAAGACAGUGCAGGAAGUGAGCAGCCACUCUCACCUGGUGAAAGGCUCCCUCCCAUCAGACGUUCUAGUACAAGAGACAAAAACAGAAGAGGGGGAACAUGUUUCCUACUGACAACAGGUGAUUACACGUGUGCUACUGAUGGAGGGAUCAGGAAAGAUAACUGCAAAGAGGUUGUCAUUACUGGUUACACGCAAGCAGAAGCCAGAUCUCUUUCUUAAUGGCUUGGGGAAGGCACAAAACAUGCAAGAAAGGUAAACGCCAUCCAGACUUGCAAUUUUAAGCUAGCAAGUGCUGCUUGGUACUAUAGUAAUUUCUCUACUCCAGGGUUCUUCAACAUUUUCAGAAGCUGAGUACCAAGUAAAAUUGAAAUAAUUAUUGGGGGCUUUUUUGUACCACUGUAAGAGAGUAGUAGUUCUCAAGUUGGGUUUUUGACCAGCCUUAUACCUCUGGCUCACGGGCUUCAAAAAUUUCUUCAGUCAAUGUUUUUUGAGGUGCUUUGUCCUUUAUGUUGUUUGUCUGUCUGUUUUGCAACCUGUCUCCUUGUAUUCUCCAUCUGUCUCCAUAAAGCACAGAGAUACUGUUAAAAUGCCCCCCUCUUUUAAGUUGAACUAAGAACAUUUUUCUUUUCUCUUUUUUCAUAUGGACUAUACAUCCAUGUAUAGAUAGAAAUAUAUAUAUUUUUCAAGUGCAGUUAGUAUCAUCUAGACUAACUUGCGUGCACUCCUAAGAUUUUUCGAGCAGCUUUUCAGCACUGACCGGUUGCCUAUUGCAUCAAUCUUCCUCCUAGCAACCAGCAUUUAUUACAAUUUUGAAACUGUAUCUCCUCUAGUGGCUUUUUCAUUCAAUAUUAACCUCUGUUUAUGCAACAGGACAAAUGCUAUGGCAAAUCUGAGGUUCUGGGCUGGUGAGGAAAAAUUACCCUUAAACUGUAGAGUUUUAGAGCUACAUGGGGAAGACCAUAAUGACUGAAAUAUUAAGUGAUCCUUGAAAUUGUUGAAUAAUACCUGAUUGUCAUGUUUUAUUUUUUGUUAGGAAAAGAAACUCAACUUAUUGUUGACCAUGUAACAUGUUCUUCUGUAUAUAGCCUAGCCCGAUAGCAUGACCUGCAUGUCAGAAUUCUUGUACAAUAAUGUAUUUAUCAAAGUAUACAUUUCUGAUAUUUAGAGAUGUACAUUGAUUUACUUUUGGUAAAAUAUUGUCAAUAGAGAGAUAAUUGCAAACAGCUUUUAGCAAAUGAAUUAAUAUAAUAUCUGGUGCUGCUGUUAUAUUAACUACAGUGUUGUACAGAAUUUAUCAUGGAUUUUUGACUGCUGAAAAAGGGACAAUGGAAUUUAGCCAUACCAAGGACUGUACUGGAAAGAGACUGCUGCUGCUGAAUGGGCCCUGAUAAACAACUAACACCUUGAGGAGGUCACUGAGACUUUGCGUGCGAAGUAGAGCUUGUUAAAGAAGAUGAAAGACCGCUCAUAAUUACUGCUGCCAGAGGAAGGGGUGACAAGUCACUGUUGAUGAGUCAGUGUAAAUAAAAUAUGUGUGCAUGGAAUAUCAGUUUUUAUCUAUAUCAAGGAAAGCUGAAUUCAUGUCAUCAUUGCUAAGGCUCCAUGCAAAGACCCACACCCCUGUGUUUAUUAUUCCUGGUUCCUGCAGUAAGUUGUGCUGUGGAUCAUACAAAGACACACGCUUAAUAAUGAUAGUGAUGUCAACUACAUCUGUCUUGACUUCUGUCAUACUAAUGGCAUAUAUUGCAAAAGUCACAAAUUUGAACAGAGUAGGUUUGCAUAAGUCCUUGCUUUCUCAGUUUGCCAUGACCUAAAUUGUUAUGAAUUCUAGUGUACAUGCCAAGUCCUAAGUUUACUUUUCACUUUGAUAACAAAAAUGUGACUGCAGACAAACAUCACUGACUUUGUUCACAGCACACAGUCUUUAAUUGUUACCUCAAACUAUAAGUAUUAUCAGAAAUAAAAUUCUGGCAGCAAGACUAUUUUGUGGUUUUUUUUUUUUUUUUCAUUCGAAGUGUUGCAAACACAACAUCAAUAAGUAUAAAAGUUGUAUUAAAAUUAUAUUCUACAAAUGUAUAUUUUACAUAAAAGAUAUAUUCUUUGAUAAGUUAUUUUCUGUGCUUUUUGUGGUAAAUGGAUCUAGUCUAUUCUCUGUUUAUGAGACAUUGUAGUGCUACGAUGUGGUAAUUAUGUUCUCUCCAUCCUAUGCAGUGGGAAAUUCUCCAGAAUCUGUUUUGUCACCCUGGUGUCCCGAUUGUAGGGACCUGUCCCAGUUGUGAAACUCUGUAUUGUGGAACUUCUGUGAACAUGUCAAGGUGCAUGCACAAUCCUGGUUAAAACCAGUGGAAAUGUAAUACCUGAAUUGGAGAAUAAAAGGCAAAAGACCUGGGGAGGAACUUGGAACAUA